AGCCGCCGGAGGCUGUUGCUCAAAUGUCACCGGUCCGCUAGUUUUCGCGACUUGCAACUCGCCAUGAUGCGACAUGCCCAGCUCCGGCGGCUCCCGGCGGCCGCAAUGCGGCGCCUUGGGCCGCCGCCGGCGCCAGCUGCGCCGAAGCGCAGCUUCGGCGUCGCCGGGGAGGCGGCCUCCGCCACAGGUUCCAAGAAGCCAGUUCCGCUGGAGCAGGUGAUGCCCCGAGACGGCUCCCGGGAAGAUUUGAAGUUGCUGCCUAGCAGCCCCGACUGCCUGAAGUUGCAUGUGAAGUCUCUCGCGGACAUCUCUCUGGAGGAAGCUCACGAAUUCGUGUUCAUGAUGAACCGGUACGGUGCAGUAGUCCUGGCGCCGCAGACGGAGUCGGAUCCCUUGGCCGUGUACCAGACGAUGGACCGCUGGUUCGGGCGCUGUGUGCCUCAUGACUCGAUGAAUGAGCAUGGCAUCGUGGAGAUCAAUCCGGCGAAGCCCACCAGCAUCAACACGGCGAACCCCCGCAAGGAGCACCUGCCCCACACCGACGACGCCUACACGGACAGCCCGGCGGCGUUUUGCACUUUGCAGUGCCGGCAGAGCGCCCCUAGCGGCGGGGAGUCCGUGCUGGUCUCCGGCGCGGAGCUUGUAGCCUCCCUCUCCAACGAGGAGCUGCGGACCUUGAUGCAGCCGGGCAUGGUCUCCAUGGCACGCAGACCGGCGGCGGACGGCAGCUGGAUGAAGGUGAGCUCCAUCCCCAUGAAGGGUCCAUGGCACCGGAGAGGGUCAAUGGCUACAUUCAGACUCAGGUUCUGGGUGGACAAGGACUCCGGGUGGCUCCAGGUGCGCUGGCGCUGUAACGACGGAUGCGUGGGGGAAGUGAACCCCGAGGCGAAGCCCAGCUACGAGCAGAUGGACGCGGUGGCGCGGCAUGAAGUGCAUCAGCUUGUAGUGCCUUUGAAUCCCGGGGAGCUCUUGGUGGUGGACAACCGCGCAAUCGCGCAUGGGCGCCGGCCCUACCUCUCAGAGGAUCCCCGGAUCAUGUGGCGGAAGAACUACGUGGGGAACGGCGAGCUGGAGGCUCAGCUCAGGACGGGCAUGUGCGCGGCCUUUUCCAGCAUGUUCGAGGGGCUCCACAGCAUGUUCGACCCCUGGGAAAUCGACGCCUCCAAAUUGAAGGCGGAAUGAUGGCCAGGGGAAUCGAUCCAGAACCCGCACUCAAAUACUUGCAUGUCCCAUGUUUAGUGGCC